UCGCACCGGCUCCCCGUCCCUCCCGCGCUCCUCCCGGCGCUGCUCUCCGGCCCUCGCCAGCGCGCCGCCGCCGUCGGAGCCGCCAUGCAGCCCCCGCGCGCCUCGUUCCCGCUGCUGCUGCUGCUGCUGCUCGCGGCGCCCGUCUCGGCGCAGCUCCUUCGGGCCGGCCGCUCGGCGCCUGCCGCCGCCGAGUGUCCGGAGCGCUGCGAGCUCGCGCGCUGCGCCCCGCCGCCGGGACCCUGUGAGGGCGGCCGCGUCCGCGACGCGUGCGGCUGCUGCGAGGUGUGCGGCGCGCCCGAGGGAGCCGCGUGCGGCCUGCAGGAGGGCCCGUGCGGCGAGGGGCUGCAGUGCGUGGUGCCCUUCGGGGUGCCCGCCUCGGCCACCGUGCGGCGGCGCGCGCAGGCCGGCCUCUGUGUGUGCGCCAGCGGCGAGCCGGUGUGCGGCAGCGAUGCCAACACCUACGCCAACCUGUGCCAGCUGCGCGCCGCCAGCCGCCGCUCCGAGAGGCUGCACCAGCCGCCGGUCAUCGUCCUGCAGCGCGGCGCCUGCGGCCAAGGAAAGGAAGAUCCCAACAGUUUGCGCCAUAAAUACAACUUCAUUGCCGACGUGGUGGAGAAGAUCGCCCCUGCCGUGGUUCACAUUGAAUUGUUUCGCAAGCUUCCUUUUUCUAAAAGGGAGGUGCCAGUGGCCAGUGGGUCUGGGUUUAUUGUGUCUGAAGAUGGACUGAUUGUGACAAAUGCCCACGUGGUGACUAACAAGCACCGGGUCAAAGUUGAGCUGAAGAACGGUGCCACCUAUGAAGCCAAAAUCAAGGAUGUGGACGAGAAGGCAGAUAUUGCGCUUAUCAAAAUUGACCACGAGGGAAAGCUGCCUGUCCUGCUGCUUGGCCGCUCCUCAGAGCUGCGGCCGGGGGAGUUCGUGGUCGCCAUCGGAAGCCCGUUUUCCCUUCAAAACACAGUCACCACCGGGAUCGUCAGCACCACCCAGCGUGGUGGCAAAGAGCUGGGGCUCCGGAACUCAGACAUGGACUACAUCCAGACAGACGCCAUCAUCAACUAUGGGAACUCAGGAGGACCGUUAGUAAACCUGGACGGUGAAGUGAUUGGCAUUAAUACCUUGAAAGUGACAGCGGGAAUCUCCUUUGCAAUCCCAUCUGAUAAGAUUAAAAAGUUCCUAACUGAGUCCCAUGACCGACAAGCCAAAGGCAAAGCCAUCACCAAGAAGAAGUACAUUGGCAUUCGGAUGAUGUCGCUCACAUCCAGCAAAGCCAAAGAGCUGAAGGACCGCCACCGAGACUUCCCAGAUGUGCUUUCAGGAGCGUAUAUCAUUGAAGUGAUUCCUGACACCCCAGCAGAAGCUGGUGGGCUCAAGGAAAAUGAUGUCAUAAUCAGCAUCAAUGGACAGUCGGUGGUCUCUGCCAAUGACGUCAGUGACGUCAUUAAAAAGGAAAGCACCCUGAACAUGGUUAUCCGCAGGGGCAAUGAGGACAUUAUGAUCACGGUGAUUCCUGAAGAAAUUGACCCGUAGGCAGAGGCAUGAGCUGGCCUUCAUGUUUCCCUCAAAGACUCUCCAGUGGACGAAGCACGGUGACUCUGGGCUGGUGGCAAAGGACACCCGAAACUCAACCACCAGGUUGCUUGUUGAACAGAAACACCCUGGCCAACAGAAUCCCUCUUGAUAGUGUGCAGACCAAACAAAUGUAAUGUUGUAGAUCUGCAGACGGAAGCUUGCCCUUCUGUAUCCUAUGUAUGCAGCGCGUGCUUUUUCUUGCCAGCUUGGACUGUUCCUGCUUAGACAGUCAACACUUGUCUCCUCCCUUAACCAAGUUGUCAUCUUAGUCCAACUAAGGCAGUUGAUGUAAAGCACAGGUCAGAGGAAGGCCCCGUGGGAGCCAGUGUGGUGCCAGGUGUGUUUAUGCCUCCCUCCAAGUCUGGGCCCAGAGGAGGCUGAUGGUGGAGACCACAGGCAGGCGAACGCUGGCUUCCAAAAUGGCCAAAAUUGCCUCUUUUAAGAAUCUCCUCAGAACAGGGAGCACAGUGACUUUGAGUCUGAGCUAUUAAAAUACUUCUUCAUACUUAG